UUAUUAUCAGUAGGUACCUUUGAAAUAUAAGUAUAUAGUACGUAUGCAAAUAACAAUUAUUUUCUUUUAUAUAAUAAGUGAAUGUGGAAUGUCUUAAGAUAAGCUAACAUUGAAUAUUUUGAUAUCUUAAUACUUAAAAUUUGCGUUUUUUCGUCAUGGCUGCACGUAAAAGAGUAUUUGAUUUAUUAAGAACUAUUAACGUUGCAACGUGUCAAUGUCCUGCACACAGCCACACAGGAAACUUUCAAGUUACACAUUCAACAUCAUCAAAAGACUAUGCGUUUGAGAUAAAAUGUUCCACAGUGAGGUAUGGACUGGGUGUUACAAAAGAAGUUGGUCAAGACCUAGUCAAUUUGGGGUCAAAAAAUGUCUGUGUCAUGACUGAUUCCAAUGUUGUAACUUUAAGUCCUAUGAAGGCGGUUCUAGAUUCUUUGACAAAAAAUGGAGUUAACUAUAAAGUGUACGAUAAAGUCAAAGUAGAACCUUCUGAUUCAAGUUUCAAAGAUGCUAUCAAAUUUGCAAAAGAAGGUGAGUUUGAUAGUUUUGUGGCAAUUGGUGGAGGCUCAGUAAUGGAUACUUGUAAAGCAGCAAAUCUCUACUAUUGUGACCCUAAUGCUGAAUUUCUUGACUAUGUUAACCAACCAGUGGGCAAAGGAAAGCCGGUUACUGUUCAGCUGAAGCCAUUAAUUGCGAUACCAACAACAAGUGGGACAGGGAGUGAGACAACUGGCAUGAGCGUUUUCGAUUAUGAAGAAAUAAAUGCCAAGACAGGCAUUGCACAUUCAGCGUUACGUCCGAUACUAGCCCUUAUAGAUCCCUUGCACACACUUACUGUACCCCGAAAUGUGGCAAUUUACUCGGGAUUCGAUAUAUUUUGCCAUGCUCUCGAGAGCUUCACAGCCAUACCGUAUACUGAAAGGGGACCUGCUCCGGAGAAUCCGGCUCUCCGACCAGUUUAUCAAGGAAGCAAUCCGAUAUCAGAUGUUUGGUCUCGAUUUUGUUUACAGGCGCUUCAAAAAUACUUUAAACGUUCAGUGAACAACCCGGACGACAUAGAAGCUCGUUCAAGCAUGCAUCUUGCAGCGACGAUGGCUGGCGUGGGUAUCGGCAAUGCUGGUGUUCACCUUUGCCAUGGCUUGGCUUAUCCCAUCGCUGGAAAUGUUAAAACUUAUGUGCCUGAAGACUAUGGAUCUGACCCGAUCAUACCACACGGGUUGGCAGUAACCGUGACAGCGCCAGCUGUAUUCCGUUUCACUGCCGCAAGCGAUCCUGACAAGCAUCUCGAAGCAGCACAGCUCCUCGGCACUGAUAUAUCUGGGAAGAAACAAGCGGAUGCUGGCAACGUCCUCGCUGAUACUAUUCUAGGAUAUAUGGACAAACUGAGUAUUGGGAAUGGUCUGUCAAGUUUGGGGUACAAUGUGGAGGAUAUUCCAAAGUUGGUUAAAGGAGCCUUACCUCAGCAUCGUUUGCUUAAAAUAGCCCCCGUACCACAAUCUGAAGAAGAUUUAACGAAACUUCUAGAGGACUCCUUGACUAUAUACUGAUUGUUAUUAAUAAAACAAUUAAAAUAAUAGUUGUUGUUACUGUUACCAAUUUAUUCAAUGUUAUCAAUAAAAGAAUAUAACAAUUAA